GUGCGGCAUAGGGGCCUCAGUUAGAGCUAGACAACUUAGGAGGAAACAUCGGGCCCCGGGAGGGACAGGGAAUCCUCACGCUACAACGUAUCCCCGGCCUCAGUCCUCCAGGUGCCCCUCCGUACCUUCAUGGCGGGGCGCCCUUCCAUUGGAUGACUGUUCCAGCGCACGAAUGAAGACCUGAGAUUUAUCACCCCCACCAGACGUUCUAUUCUUUUAUUUAUACAAGUAGCACGUCCCUCCCACUUGCCACCAUGUCGGGUGCGUCUGUGAAAGUGGCCGUUCGGGUUCGCCCUUUCAAUUCCAGGGAACUCGGCAAGGAUUCAAAAUGCAUCAUCCAGAUGCAAGGAAAUUCAACCAGUAUUAUCAAUCCAAAGAAUCCAAAGGAACCAGCUAAAAGUUUCAGCUUUGACUACUCAUACUGGUCCCAUACCUCGCCGGAUGAUCCAUGCUUUGCAUCCCAGAGCCGCGUGUACAAUGACAUUGGAAAGGAAAUGCUGGAACAUGCCUUCGAGGGCUACAACGUUUGUAUAUUUGCCUAUGGGCAGACAGGUGCCGGCAAGUCCUAUACGAUGAUGGGUAAACAGGAGGAGACGCAGGCGGGCAUUAUACCUCAGCUUUGUGAGGAACUAUUUGAAAAAAUCAAUUGUAAUAACACUGACGAGGUCUCAUUCUCUGUAGAGGUUAGCUAUAUGGAAAUUUACUGUGAGCGAGUCAGAGACCUGCUAAACCCUAAGAACAAAGGCAACUUGCGGGUGAGGGAGCACCCACUACUCGGGCCUUAUGUAGAAGACUUGUCUAAGUUGGCUGUCACCUCAUACACAGAUAUUGCUGACCUGAUGGAUGCAGGAAAUAAGGCUAGGACUGUGGCCGCCACAAACAUGAAUGAGACCAGCAGUCGCUCCCAUGCAGUCUUCACUAUAGUCUUCACCCAGAGGAAGCUUGAUAUAGAGACUAAUCUCUCCACAGAAAAGGUCAGUAAAAUAAGCCUAGUAGAUCUGGCUGGGAGCGAAAGAGCCGAUUCCACAGGAGCAAAGGGGACCCGACUAAAAGAAGGUGCUAAUAUCAACAAAUCUCUGACCACUCUGGGGAAAGUCAUCUCCGCCCUUGCAGAGGUGAGCAAAAAGAAGAAAAAGUCAGACUUUAUUCCCUAUAGAGAUUCUGUACUGACCUGGCUACUGCGUGAGAAUUUAGGGGGAAACUCUCGCACUGCUAUGGUCGCAGCUCUGAGUCCAGCAGAUAUAAAUUAUGAUGAAACUCUAAGCACAUUAAGAUAUGCAGAUCGAGCUAAACAGAUCAAAUGUAACGCUAUUAUUAAUGAAGAUCCUAAUGCUAAAUUGGUGCGUGAGCUUAAAGAUGAAGUGACCCGUCUGAAAGAACUCCUACGAGCCCAGGGCUUGGGUGAUAUCAUCGACAUUGAUUCCAUUGACGACAAUUUCCUCGGAGUGAAAUCUCUUCCUUCUGUGACCUGCCUUCCUCUGUCAGACAUCAAUGAUAACCAGAACCUUAAGAAUAAGUACUUGCUAUCCAAUGAGAAUCAACGGCCUGGCCAUUUCUCCACAGCCUCCAUGAGCUCUCUGGCAUCCUCCCCAUCAUCCUGUUCUCUCAGUAGUCAGGUGGGAUUUUCUACUGUUGCGAAUAUCCAAGAAAGGAUCAUGUCCACCCCCGGAGGAGAGGAAGCCAUUGAGCGGCUCAAGGAAUCUGAAAAAAUUAUUGCAGAACUCAAUGAAACUUGGGAGGAGAAACUUAGAAAAACGGAAGCUAUCCGUAUGGAGAGAGAGGCGUUACUGGCAGAGAUGGGGGUGGCAAUUCGAGAAGAUGGUGGAACGUUGGGAGUCUUCUCCCCUAAAAAGAUCUCCUCUAUGUUUUUUGACGAGUACUUUGACUCACUUUCUACAGAUCAGACGCCGCAUCUCGUUAACCUUAAUGAAGAUCCUCUCAUGUCGGAGUGCCUUUUGUAUUACAUUAAAGAUGGUAUCACCAGAGUUGGUCAAGCAGAUGCAGAAAGGCGCCAGGACAUUGUCCUGAGUGGCGCCCACAUUAAGGAGGAGCACUGUAUAUUCCGAAGUGAGAGGAUGCCCACGGGAGAAGUUAUUGUGACUCUGGAGCCCUGUGAACAUUCAGAGACCUAUGUGAAUGGGAAACGAGUAGUUUUUCCGGUGCAGCUUCGUUCUGGUAAUCGUAUAAUUAUGGGCAAGAACCAUGUUUUCCGGUUUAACCACCCUGAACAGGCCCGUGCAGAGCGAGAGAAGACUCCUUCAGCCGAGACUCCCUCAGAACCUGUGGACUGGACCUUUGCCCAACGGGAGCUCCUGGAGAAGCAAGGCAUUGACAUGAAGCAGGAGAUGGAGAAAAGGCUUCAGGAAAUGGAAAUCUUGUACAAGAAAGAGAAGGAGGAAGCGGAUCUUCUUCUGGAGCAGCAGAGACUGGAUUAUGAAAGCAAACUGCUGGCCCUUCAGAAGCAGGUGGAGACCCGGUCACUAACAGCUGAGACCACCGAGGAAGAGGAUGAAGAGGAAGAGGAGGUUCCCUGGACAGAGCAUGAGUUUGAACUUGCCAAGUGGGCAUUCAAAAAGUGGAAGCAUCAUCAGUUCACUUCUCUACGGGACCUGCUAUGGGGAAAUGCUGUGUACCUCAAAGAAGCCAAUGCCAUCAGUGUGGAGCUGAAGAAGAAGGUCCAGUUCCAGUUUGUGCUGUUGACAGACACCCUGUAUUCUCCCCUUCCACCGGAGCUGCUUCCUCCAGAGUCUGAAAAAAUACCCGAAGAUCAGCCCUUCCCUCGUACUGUGGUGGCUGUAGAAGUGCAGGACUUGAAAAAUGGUGCCACACACUACUGGUCACUGGAGAAACUCAGGUUGCGGCUGGAACAGAUGCGAGAGAUGUACGACCGAGCUGGAGAAAUGGCCUCUAAUGUCCAAGACGAACCUGAUGCAGUAUUAAGCGGCGGUGACCCGUUCUACGAUCGUUUCCACUGGUUUAAGCUUGUCGGCAGUUCUCCUAUAUUCCACGGCUGUGUCAACGAGCGGCUGGCAGACCGCACCCCAUCCCCCACCUUUUCAACAGCCGACUCCGACAUCACCGAGCUGGCAGAUGAGCAGCAGGACCAGAUGGAAGACUUCGAUGAUGAGCCAUUUGUGGAUGACACCGGCUCAGAUUUGGGGAAUGAGGAAGGAUCUGACCUCUUCAGCGAUGGGCAUGACCCGUUUUAUGACCGGUCCCCAUGGUUCAUUUUAGUAGGAAGAGCAUUUGUCUAUCUCAGUAACCUGCUUUUCCCAGUCCCCCUGGUCCAUCGAGUGGCCAUAGUGAGCGAAAAGGGGGACGUACGAGGGUUCCUGCGUGUUGCCGUGCAAGCAAUUGCCGGUGAUGAAGAAGCACCAGAUUAUGGAUCCGGCAUUCGACAGUCAGGAACAGCCAAGAUCUCAUUUGACAAUGAUUACUUCCACAAGAAUGAUGUCUCCUCCACGGUCCUCACUCGAUCUGGGCUGUCUCUAGAAGAACUCCGCAUCGUAGAAGGACAGGGUCAGAGCUCAGAGAUGAACACUCCUAUGGAGGAGGUCAACCGACUGGCUGAGAUGGACAUGAAAUCAGGCAGUCUUUUGGAUGGAAAGAUGAUGAUGGAAGGAUUUUCUGAAGAUGUAGGAGAACAUCUGAAGAUCGGCAGUGUCUUCACUUUCCGUGUCACUGUCCUACAAGCCAGCGGCAUUCCACAUGAGUAUGCCGAUAUCUUCUGCCAGUUCAACUUUUUACAUCGGCACGAUGAAGCCUUUUCCACAGAACCCCUUAAAAACAACGGACGUGGGAACCCACUGGGCUUCUACCAUGUACAGAAUAUUGCUGUAGAAGUUACUGAAUCUUUCACAGAAUAUAUCAAAACUAAACCUAUUGUGUUUGAAGUGUUUGGACACUAUCAGCAGCACCCGCUACACCUCCAGGUUCAGGACCUCAGCCCAGUGCAGGCUUCCCGUCGCCAUUUUCCUCCUCCGAUGCCCCUCUCUAAACCUGUUCCAGCCACCAAACUAAAUCCUCUAAGCAAGCCGAGCCUUGGACAGAGCGUCAGCAAAUACGACCUGUUGGUUUGGUUUGAGAUCUGUGAACUGGAGCCUACAGGAGAGUACAUCCCAGCUGUUGUUGACCACUCCGGAGGUCUGUCCUGUCAAGGAACCUUCCUGCUACACCAGGGGAUCCAGCGCAGAAUCACAGUGACCAUUAUACAUGAGAAGGGAAAUGAGCUGCAUUGGAAGGAUGUGCGAGAGCUGGUGGUCGGGAGAGUGCGGAAUAAAGCAGAGGUGGAUGAUGCAGCUGCUGACACAGUUCUUUCCCUGAACAUAAUCUCUGCCAAAUACCUCAAAAACCACAGCAGCAGCAGGACGUUCUAUCGGUUCGAGGCUGUCUGGGACAGUUCCCUGCAUAAUUCCUUACUCCUGAACAGAGUAACUCCCUACGGAGAGAAGAUUUACAUGACGCUGUCAGCCUAUUUGGAGCUUGACCACUGCAUCCAGCCAGCAGUGAUUACUAAGGACGUAUGCAUGGUCUUCUAUUCUCGCGAUGCCAAAAUCUCCCCUCCACGUUCCCUGCGCAGUCUAUUUGGCAGCGGUUAUUCAAAGUCUCCUGAUUGUAACAAAGUAACAGGAAUCUAUGAACUCAGUUUGUGCAAAAUGGCUGACACAGGAAGUCCAGGAAUGCAGAGAAGGAGAAGAAAGAUCCUGGACACCUCAGUGGCUUAUGUCCGAGGGGAAGAGAACUUGGCUGGCUGGAGGCCUCGCGGGGACAGCCUGAUACUUGAGCAUCAGUGGGAACUUGAGAAAAUGGAACAGUUACAUGAGGUGGAGAAGACCCGGCAUCUCCUCCUGCUCAGGGAGAAGCUUGGCGACAGCAUUCCAAAAUCCCUAAGUGACUCUAUAUCCCCCAGUCUGAGCAGUGGAACGCUCAGCACCUCUACCAGCAUCUCCUCCCAAAUAUCUACCACUACCUUUGAAAGUGCCAUCACCCCAAGUGAGAGCAGUGGAUAUGACUCCACCGACGUCGAGAGCCUGGUGGAUCGUGAGAAGGAGCUGGCAACUAAGUGCUUGCGACUCCUCACUCAUACUUUUAACCAGGAGCUGACCCAAGUAUGCAACAGCAUUAGUGAUUGUAAGCUGUCCGAUAUUUCCCCUAUCGGUCGUGACCCCUCUGUCUCCAGCUUUAGCAGCGCUACCCUGACUCCAUCUUCUACCUGUCCAUCAUUAGCAGACUCCAGAUGCAGCUCUGUGGAUCAGAAGACCCCUGAAGCCAAUUCCCGUGCUUCCAGUCCAUGCUCAGAGUUUGAACAGUUCCAGAUAAUUCCCCCAAUAGAAAGCUCAUACUUGGCCCGUGCUGGAAAAAAUGAGUUUCUGAACCUAGUACCCGAUAUUGAAGAGCUGAGACCUGGGUCGGUGGUCUCUAAAAAGGGUUAUUUGAACUUCAAAGAGCCUCAAUCUCACUCAUGGACAAAGCAGUAUGUGGUAGUUCGGCGCCCAUAUGUCUUCAUCUACAACAGUGACAAGGAUCCAGUGGAGCGUUGUCUCAUCAACCUGUCUACAGCUCAAGUAGAGUACAGCGAGGACCAACAAGCCAUGGUCAAGAGCCCCAACAUAUUUGCCGUGUGUACCAAGCACCGCGGGAUCCUUCUGCAGGCCAUUAAUGAUAAAGAUAUGAAUGACUGGCUGUAUGCCUUUAACCCCUUGCUCGCUGGUACUAUACGAUCGAAGCUUGCAAGACGUCGUUCCCUCUCCAAGUACUGAGCAGCUCCACGUUUCAUUGUGAGAGGUUCCUCCCUCUCCUCCUUUUGUGAUUCUUGACGUUUCUCUUGUCUGUAAAACUGUGGCUUUUCCCCCGGCUCCUAUUCCGUAUGUGCUGAAAACGAACCCAACUUGUCGCAUGUGGCCAACCAAAGAAGAAAGGACAGAGAGAAACGGACUCCUGAUCGCACUCUUUUCUUCUGGAUGCGUGUCCCACCCCUCCCCCAAUUUCUUCUUUCCUAGCAGUCUCUAGUGUCUGUAGCGUAACUCGUCUGUCAGGAAAUGCUUUUUUUUUCUAUAUUCCUCAAUUGAUUGGUCGCUAUGGAAACCUCCAGCGUUCCCCAAGAUUUUACUCGUCUCCCUGUACCCCUCGUUGUGCUGCUAACCACUCCUGGGGAGGGAAGGAGGUUCCAUGUCUACUGCUUUCUCUGUCUCUUCUCCUCCAGCUGCGGCACCUCCAAUGCCAGUGGCUGCACUGUGACCAUUCCAGUGGUUGGGGCUAUCGUAGUGGGUUGGGAGUGUUUCAGAUUAUCCCUCCCACCCCCCAAAGAAAAUGGGCUUGCCCAUAGGAAAGUUCUUAAAUUUUUGAAAAACUUUAUUGAUGUUGCUAGGCUUCUUGGGUGUGGGGGAGAGUGGUGCCAUAUAGUAUAGGUGGCAUAGUCACAGUCCUCCUCACGCCCUGCAAAGACCAGCAACAGGAAUUGGUGUUCCUCACUGUAGGGCAUAUUGAAUUUAGUGCAUAACUGGAUUUGAGGAUAUUUAUUUUUUAUUUUUAUGAUUAUUGGAAAUUGUAUGAUUGGAAAAUGCUACUUAUGUUUUAUUAACUGUAACUAGGAGGGCACAUGGGAACAUAAAAGAGCAGGAAACUAAACCCUUUCUGUAGUGGGGGAGACAUAUUACAGUCUAUACUAUACCAUCUAUUGUCUCAGGCCAUAAAGCAUAAAUUCUCUGAAAUCUACAGGUGCGCCAAGCAAAACAUACCCAUCAAGCCAGGAUUUGGGUGGGAAGGAGUUACAAUGUACAAUGUUUUUUUUUUUGUUUUUUUUUUUUUUACUAAUUCUCUGAAGGUUUUUUAGGAGACCCUUUCAAGCACCCUUCACCUUAACCGGUUAGCUAAAGGUCUGAUGAUGAGUUUCAGUAUGUUACAUUGACCCUUUCCCCUUUGGGUUCCUGCAGACAAUUGCAGACUUGCUCUACAACAAAUGGGUUAUAGCCUUGAUAUAAACUUAUAUUUCUACAUAUUAUAUAUAAAUAUAUAAAUAUAUUGGUUUAAAGGAAUCAAAAUGUAUUACGGUCUUUGCUUUGGGUGACACCAGAGUGUCCAUUAACAAAUUUGAUCAUGUUCGACAUGCUGGCUCCCUACUUUUUGCCAGUAAAGCCCCAAUUUUGAGACCAACGUUACUGCAGGGUUUACAUGCCAGACGGCUCUUCAGAUUCUUAUUGAUUUUCAAAUAGCCACAAUUUCUACUAAUAUAAGUUCACUCACAAUUAUGUCUUUCCUCCAAAGUAUGUAGGAAAUAUGUAUUACACAUUUGGUAACUGUAUUACAAGCAUAUAUCUGAUUGAAGCCCCCGUCACAUACAGAGUCAGCCAGCUCUGUGACGCCCUGCAAACGCCAUGCCAUGGGCCAACUAACCCAAUGAGCAUGCUGCAAGUAGGAUGGGCCCCAAGCAGAAAUAUCCUUGCCUGCAAAAAUAAAUUGUCAAUGUGAACGUGUCUCCUACAUACAAUGGAGGCAGCCUACCAGUUGACUUAGAACUAUUAUAUGCAAACAUGCAUGGAUGAAAGGCACUAUAGCUAUAUAGAACAAACUAGUUAAAUAACCUUUUUUAUGGGUUGUCGGCUGCUGGACACCAUCAACUGGGCGCAAUUAUUUUCUGGUCGGGGUGGUUUUUCAUAAAAAAUAAAAUUCUAUAUAUACAACACACAGAGUUUUUCUCAGAAUUUAAAGCGGUUGUCCUGUUUUCCGAUUUUGAUUCCCGAUCUUCAGGAUAGGUCAUCAAUAUCAGAUCGGCGAGGGAGCUGGGAGUCGGACCCACAACUGUGUUAUAAGGGGUUGCAGGCCUUGUGCAAGUGUUGCGUCCUUUUUACUGUUACCUGCACACCAUCGACACUGUAGCGGCAGUGCAGAGUCAUUUUAACUGCUCUGUUUUAUUUACUUGAAUGGGAGGGAAUAGCUGUAAGUAAUUUCACUGCACCGCUGCUACCAUGACCGCGUGCAGGUAAACAUUGAAGAGGAAGCAGUGCUGCGGACCCCUUCAAACAGCUGAUCAGCAGGGGUGCCGGGAGUCAAACCCCCACCGAUCUGAUAUUGAUGACCAUAUUGUGAGGAUAGGUCAUCAAUAUUGUAAAACCAGACAAUCCCUUUCAGCCCAAGUAAUACCGCCCUAUAUUGCUCUAAUUAUGCUCCCUAUAGGGCCCACACAGUACUGCCUGAAAGCCACUACAUAAUACUGCAAUUCAGAUUACAAAUAAUACCUCCAUACAGUACUAAAUACUACUAGGUUGUUAAGUUUGGUGCUGGGGUUCUUGUCUUAUAAGCCUUGGGGCCCUGGGUAACAACUCCUUUUGCCACCCUCUCUAGCCCUGCCGUUUUGGUGGGCGAGCUUGAUAUAAAGUAGUAGAUCUGUUAUGUUUGGUACCAUGACCCUGCUCUCUUCACUUUAUUGAUGGAUGUUCCCUUUUAACAUGCACCUUGAUCCCAUCACUACAGCUUUAAAUUGACACGCAUGCACUUUAGUUUCAAUGUCAUUUUUCUUUUUAUCCGCUGUCUGGUUUCACCUCAAAGCAAAGUCCGUCUUUUGCUCGUUUACUGAUUUAAAGGGACGUUUACUUGUUUCUCUGUGUUUUGUGUAUUGUAUUUAUUAUGCCUGCGUUUACUUGCACAUGAUGGAGGGGAGAGAACAGCAUUGAUUGGUGGUUGUCGCACCUUAGCGGGGGAGCGGACUAUGCAUAUCACAGCUACAUUUAAAACCUCACCGCAGUCUGAGGCCGGCGCGGUCUCACAUCUGAAAUGAAGGAUUUCUACUUUUUAAGGUGCCCUACAUCCACUGCCUAUAGGAAGGUUUGAAUGAAUGUAUAUUGAACUGGAUUUCAGAACUCUCAAAUUUAACGUGUCUAAUUCAAACCAGCGGUCUGACGCAUUGUAUACAAACCAGUGAGUUUUGGGACACUACAACUCCCAACAUGCUAGGAGUUCUAGUGUUAUGACACCUGUAGACGGGCAGAAGUGACAGACUACUGGUUUGGAGCCGCUACUUCAAGUUGUGUAAACUGGAAUGUAUUCGUACAUUUGUGCUUCCUCAUCCAGAAAUCAGACAUUAUGGUAAUUGUUUCAUUAAUGCACAAGUUUUACUUUCUAAUAGAACCACUACAGCCAGCAUCAGAUGUCUUUAAUGUCUUGAUGAGAUUUGCAUGCCGUGUUAAAAAUUCUUCAGUUACUCACCUUUCACUUGAUCCUUAGAUGCAGAUUACAGGCCACUGCUUUGGCAGCUGAUAGGAUUUUUAAGUCCCAAGUCUCAAUUACAUAAAUCAUCUCCAAUCAUCUCCUUCUUAAAGGGCCAGUAGCAUAGGACUUCAUAUUGUGCACCAAAAUAUGUUUUAGCAAUGCUGAACAGACAGCGAUAGAAAAACUUAAGACUGAGCUUCUAAAUUCCUGAUCAGUAAGGCACAUGGCUGUCAUUGUCGGCAAAAUGGCUGGAAAUUAGUUUUGUCCUGGUAAAUUGGAGAAUGACUCAAACCUGUUAAUUUUGUUGCUAAUUAAAUGGUACAAUUUCAGAAUUCACUCCGGUAUAGUAUCAGCAACGGCAAGAAUAAUUUUCUUUUUGAUCAUUGUGGAAAUCUUGCAGUGCAUGCCCCUUUAAGAUCCAGCAUCACCAUAAUGAAACAUAUCAUAUAUUAAAGAGGCGGCAGCCUACCUUAAUAUAAACCUCCAUCUGAUAUUUCAGGGAGAUGCACAGUGAUUUCUGUGUCACCAAGCCUCCUGCUCUGCCUUCAGUUUAGUGUCAUUUUUGAGAGUAAUCUGAGAAAGACUGGUUACGAGGGGUCUCAGUAGCCUUACAUAAGACUGGGUGUUAGGCAGUGGGGUCCUAGCACCAGCAAUGGUCAGACAUGACUGACAGCGGAGAUGCAAGCUGGCUGCAGUCACAUCAUCCACAUCUUCCUUACUAGUAAUUAGCUUUUGUUAAUACAUUUAAAGUUUGGCUUAUUGUAGGAUUAGCCUGUAUAUCAAUAUUACAGGAUAUAUAGACCAAUAGGGGGCAGUAUAGAUGAGGCAUUAUACACAUAUCAAUGGCUUAUGAUUUUCCAAGCACUGGGUGGAACCAAAGCCCGCUGUGCCUGUAGUGCAGUGGGUAUUGCAGGGGCCAGGCCAAUGUGUCUGUGGCCCCAGAUUAUCCUAUUGUAAUUUUCAAUUAGAGUCCUUUGGACUAAAGAACAUUCCUUGCAACCACUGAGCUUACCAGGCAGCACCUAUAUGAGUUCAAAAUGCAGCCUAGUAGCAGACUAAGCCACCAGAUGUGACCACACUGGACCUCGUGGACACCAGAGUGGUCAUGUUUUGUAUACCAAUAGUUUUGGUACCACGUAUCGUUCAUUCCAUACCAGCCCUCUGUGUUUAGUAGCGGGAAGAAGACCACUGGAAAGGAGGGGGACAUUAGAUUUAGCAAUUUUUCCCGGGCUGAAAAAAAAUGCCUAUAGCCAUAAAUUUAGUAGAACUUGGGAUGCCCCACUAUAGUGGUUGUCCAGGAUUGGGAACACGUCUGCUUUCUUCCAGAAACGGCACCUUACCUAUCCAUGAGCUGCAUCUGGUAUUGUAUUUCAGUUCCAUUAAAGUGAGAGGGACCGAGCUGCAAUACCACAUAAAACCAGAGGACAGGCGUGGCACUGCUUUUGGAAGAAAGAAGCAAUUUUUUUUUUUUAUCCUGGACAAGCCCUUUAUCUAUGUUUUUAAAAAAAAUUUUAUUUUUUAACUGAGAGGUAGUAGAGGGUUGAAUGUGGGAUUAGCAGGAGUGAGGAUGUCUCCCUGCUGGAGGUAUUCGUUAAUGACACAACCCUUUCUUAAUACCCCUCAGGCCUUCGCACACACUUACUACAUGAUACUUCGUCUUAAUUUUGCCCAUCAUGGGAAGAUUUAUAGGACCAAAGCGGUCACCUUGUAAUGAUGUAACUGCUAUAAAGAAACCUUUUCAUACAAUUAGUGUUUUAUCUCCUUUACAACCCCCAGGUUUACAGCAUGUCCAGACUCUCUAAUGCCCAAAAUAUUCAGGGCAUUCCCUUUAAGACAGACUACAUCUCCUCAUCAGUUACUGUACACUUGCCUAACUAGAACACAAGAUGGUGCAUUUUGCCCUCAGCCAACGUGUAGAAGAAGGCAGCAUAUAACUACACCGAUGACAUCACUUGUACCUGUGUGAUGUCAUCCACUGCCAGUACACGUAUGGCUGCAGUCUGGCAAAUCUUACCUCAGACCAUGUGAUGUCUGGCCACUAAACUUGCCGUUCUGUCCGGCGGACAGGAAGACCUUUGGUAAGGUCCUGGCAGUGUAAGGAUUACAUAGCCCCGAGCCUUGGCUACCACUAAACAGCAAGGACCUACUAAAUUAUUUAGGACUAGGAAGGAAACUCUCAUCACGGUUUUAAUUUCUGUGUUUUACUUUGUAAAUAUAAUUGGAUGUGUGGGCUUGAGUAUACAAAAUGUAAAUAUAUCAUGUAUUUGUACUAAUUCUGAUCCAUUUGCUGUAUAGCCUAGAUGUGCAAUGCAGAUAUAUAUAUAACUCUGUGUAUUGGUAAUCUUGCACCACUGGAAAUGUUAGUGAACAAGACCUAACAAUAAAAGUACAAGCCGUGCAUUAACA